GUGUUGACCCACAGGCCAAUCAUCAGGGGGCCUUUGGCCACUACUUAUCUGCGGGCACAUGUCCCUGGCAAUCGCUUUAGAUCAUUCUGGUGCCUCUUGAUCGUCACAGGUCCCCAUCACGGUCAACAUCAUGACUUCCUACACUGACAAGGGAGAAAAGCCAGAGAGGGGCCGAUUUCUGAGAUUUCAUCAUCUGACCUUCUGGGUGGGCAAUGCCAAACAGGCUGCUUCGUUCUACUGUGAUAAGAUGGGCUUCGAGCUGUUGGCGUACAAGGGCCUGGAGACCGGCAGCAGAGAAGUGGUGUCUCAUGUCAUAAAACAGGAUAAGAUCAUGUUUGUCUUCGAGUCCCCUCUAAAUCCCGGGAAUGAGGAAAUGGGAGAACACCUGAUGAAACAUGGUGAUGGGGUGAAAGACAUCGCCUUUCAGGUGGAGGACUGUGACUUCUUAGUUAAGACAGCUCAGGAAAGAGGUGCUGCCAUUGUAAAAGGCCCUUGGGUGGAACAGGACACUAACGGAAAAGUCAAAUAUGCCAUCCUUCAAACGUAUGGAGACACAACACACACAUUGAUAGAAUACCUGACACCCUACAAAGGUCUCUUCCUGCCUGGCUACAAAGAGCCCCUCUUCCGUGAUCCUCUUCUCCCCAAAUUGCCCCCUGGCGGUCUAAGUUUCAUUGAUCACGUCGUGGGGAACCAGCCAGAUGACGACAUGGUUCCAAUAUCUGACUGGUAUCAGAAGUGCCUAAUGUUUCACCGCUUCUGGUCUAUAGACGACAAGCAGAUCCACACGCAGUACAGCUCCCUCAGGUCCAUUGUUGUCACCAACUAUGAGGAGACCAUCAAGAUGCCCAUCAAUGAGCCAGCCCCUGGGAAAAGGAGGUCACAAAUUCAGGAGUAUGUGGACUACAAUGGGGGCCCCGGAGUGCAGCACAUUGCACUGAACACACCCGACAUCAUACAAGCCAUAGUGAACCUGAGGGCUCGGGGAAUGGAGUUCCUCGCCGCACCGGACGCUUACUACGACAGCCUUCGGGAGGGCCUCAAGUCAGCCAAGAUCAAAGUAAAGGAGGACCUAAACAAACUGCAGGAGUUGAAAAUUUUAGUGGAUUUUGAUGACAAGGGCUACCUGCUUCAGAUCUUCACUAAGCCCGUGCAGGACCGACCCACUCUCUUCCUGGAGGUCAUUCAGAGGAACAACCACUUUGGCUUUGGGGCAGGGAAUUUCAAAUCCCUGUUUGAGGCCAUUGAGAAAGACCAGGAUGCCAGAGGCAAUCUCACAGUGUUGACGCCAGAGGGAAGCUCCAAGAAGUUCUACUGACUCUCCUAGUCUCACAUACACACACACACACACACACACACACACACACACACACAUACACACAGUGUCCUCAUAUACAGUGCUCAAACAUUUACCCUGCAGUACUGAGGGAAAUGCAGACACACACUUACACACAGUUACUCCAACACGGCUGUUGGCUUCACAUGUUCAAGGUCAAAUCGUUUUUCUCGUAUUCUAGCUUCUCUCAUGUCUGCCGUUCGAACAUGCCUCUCCCCUGCACAUUGCCUAAAUGUACAAAGCUUCCAAACAUAAGAUGGCGUCAGUUCAUCAAUAAAACCACUCUUAUAUCUUGCUCUUA